AUGGUCUACAACUCUUUCGGCGAUUCAAGCGAGAGGGAGUCGGAAUCCCUAAACGCCCAGAACAACGAGUCCAACACAACCCUCGCAACCUACUCAACUUUCACUAACUCCCAGAAACGACUCAUCGUAUUUUUAACCGCCUUCACGUCUCUCUUCUCCCCACUAAGCAGCAUCAUCUACUACCCCGUCCUAACAUUCAUCGCGCAAGACCUCAACGUCUCCUUAGAGAUGAUGAACCUAACCAUAACGUCCUACUUGGUGAUCUCCGGGAUCGCUCCAGCAUUGCUUGGAGACUUGGCUAAUACGCUGGGCCGACGCUCGAUUUACAUCGGGAUGAUGAUGGUGUAUGUUGCUGCGAACAUUGCGCUAGCGUCACAGCAUUCUUAUAUUGCUUGGGUGAUUCUGAGAAUGGUGCAGAGCUUCGGGGGUUCUGCAACGAUUGCGAUUGCGUAUGGCAUUGUUGGAGAUAUUGCGAGUCCAGUCGAAAGAGGCUCAUAUAUCGGAGGACCUGGGCUUGGUGGAGCUAUAACACAACACCUCGGCUGGCGCAGCAUCUUCUGGUUCCUCGCCAUUCUAUCCGGCUUUUGCUUCACCCUCCUUCUCCUCCUCUUCCCCGAAACAUCUCGCAACAUCGUAGGUAAUGGAAAUGUAGCCACCAGUGGCUUAAACCGAACGUUACUAUCCUUCCUUUCGUCUAACAAAUCUCCCUCUGUCAACAACGCAACAUUAUCUAAACGGGAAAGGAAGAUCAGCCUCCCAAAUCCACUGACCAGCUUUUACACGAUUCUAAAAAAGGAUGCGGCGUUGAUAAUGCUGACGCAUGGAACACUCUACACCACUUACAGCUGCAUCCAAGCCUCUUUAUCCCUGCUGUUUAUCGAGAUUUAUCAUUUUAGUGUGGUGCAGGCAGGUUCCAUUUACUUGCCUUGCGGUGUUGGAUUGUUUUGGCUUCUUAUUUCACCGGCAAGGUGCUCAACAGACUAUAAAUUGACAGCCAAACUUCUCAAUAUUGUGAUCGACGAGCUAAGGGGAGACGACCUCUCCAAAUUUCCAAUCGAGAAAGCGAGACUGAGGAAUGUGUGGUUCUUUGUGAUAUUAUGUGCGAUUUGCAUAGCGGGGUAUGCUAUACCUUUGACACUCCAAUUUAUCAUCGGGGUCACUACUACCUGGAUCUUCAAUGCGCUUCAAACGCUACUAGUUAAUCUCUAUCCCGACUCUCCUGCUACGGCUCAAGCUGGCUUGAACCUUGUCCGGUGUGCCAUGUCAGCUUGUGGACUGGCUGCUCUGCAAAUAAUUAUUAACAGCGUAGGCCCGGGUUGGUGCUUCACACUUUUUGCGGGGUGUUGUUUGGGGACGAUUCCGCUGCUCUGGAUGGAAAGUGAAUGGGGUAUGGAGUGGAGAUUAGCAAGGCAAUAUGAAGAGAUUUUGUAA